CAGCGUCGUGACAUCACGUCGACACAUCCGUCAGACGCACGUUCAGAAAAGAAGCGCGAGAUAACCUGUUGUGGCAAGGAAGGUUUUGAAAUUUGGUUUAAUUUACUGAGUUUAAGAAACUGGGAUUGUUUUAAGUGUUUAUAUUAGGAUGUCGUUGCUGCAGCCAUUUAAUAAGCUGCCUAGUUUGAACACAGCGAACAUCUUGCUGGUGGAAAAUGAGGAGCAGUUUCAGCAGAGCUUAGCUGAUGCUCUGGUGGAGGAGAGCAGUGUCAUUGUCAAUGUGAGACUUGCCAAGAGUCUCCCUGUGCCCACAGAGAACGAGACCAGUCGUCCAAGAAUCGACCUGGUGGUGUUCAUCAUCAAUCUGACCUCAGAGCUCAGUUUUGAGUCAGCAGAAGCUUCCCUGAAAUAUUUGGACUGUGGAUACUUUCUUGGAAAAGUGUGCUUCUUGGUCACUAAUGCUCGUAGCGUUUCAGUCCCCGCUGAGCGUCUGGAUGCUGUCAGAAAGCUGGCUGCUUUGUUUCACUGCCCCCUGCUGUUUGUAGAGGAUCAGACAGCAGACGGUGUGGCCAGUGCUGCAGAGAGGUUACUGACCAUCCUGAAGGUGGCGGCCGGACAUGUUCCCAUAACGACAUCUCUCUACAUGUCCAUCCUGGCCCAGUGCACCGUGCCCCCAGACAUUGACCAGCCGAGCUUUGACUAGUUCCUUUGAAUGAUUUCUUGACUUUAUUGUGUGUAUAUAUAUAUAUAUAUGCAUUUAUUGCUUUAACAGGUGAUGUGUAGCCAUGAUGUUUCAUUUUAAUUAUUUUACAUUACAUGUUAGUGAUUUAACUUUUGGCAGCUGCACUUUCUGUUUGCACCUUACAGUAGUGUUCCUUGUGUGUUUUUAUUUUUGUGCA